CUUUCUUCUUCUUCUUCUUUUUUUUUUCCCUUGUUAAUUAAAAAUGUUAUCUCUCAAUAAACAUUUACUAAAAACCUAUCGUUCUCUUCAUUCAAGAAUACGAAAGACUUCAAGAUAUUAUCAUUGCAAUGAGCAUCAACAUACUGAUCCUCGAGGGGAUAAAACAGUUCAUGUGAUGCACUCUCGAGGUGUUAACCUACUACACGAUCCUUUAUUAUCCAAAGGUACAGCCUUUAGUAUUGCUGAAAGAGAACGUCUUUCGAUUCGUGGUCUUGUUCCACCUCGUUGUCAAGAGAUGGAUAGACAACUCUUGCGCGUCAAACGUAACCUUGAUUCAUGUGAGACUCCUCUUUCAAAAUUUGUCUUUUUAGCUGCUUUACAUGACCGUAAUGAGACACUUUAUUAUAAACUUCUUAUGGAGAAUUUGGAAGAAUUAGCUGGUAUCAUUUAUACUCCCACAGUCGGCUUAGCGAGUCAAAUGUCACAUUCAAUUUACCGUCGUUCAAGAGGUAUGUACUUUUCAAGUCAAGAUCGUGGUCAAAUGUCUGCUAUGGUCUAUAACUGGCCACAUGAUGAAGUAGAUGUAAUUGUUGUUACAGAUGGUUCAAGAGUACUUGGCUUAGGUGAUUUAGGAGCCAAUGGUAUGCAAAUUCCUAUUGGAAAAUUAAGUUUAUACGUUGCUGCUGGUGGUAUUCGACCUAGAGCUGUAUUGCCUGUUGUUUUAGAUGUUGGUACAAAUAAUCAAACUCUUUUAAAUGAUCCUCUUUAUCUUGGAAUGGGACAUCCAAGGUUAGAAGGGGAUGAGUACUAUUCUUUUGUAGAUGAGUGGAUUACUGCUAUUUUGAGUAGAUGGCCAAAUACAUUAAUUCAAUUUGAAGAUUUCAAAUAUCCUCAUGCAUAUAAUAUAUUAGCUAAAUAUAGAGAUCGUGUAACAUGCUUUAAUGACGAUAUUCAGUCCACGUCUUCAAUUGCAUUAGCUGGUAUUUUAGCUUCAUUGAAGGCGAGAGGACUUGCACAAGAAGAUUUAAUUCAUGAACGUAUUGUGUGUGUCGGAGCAGGAUCGGCAGGAAUAGGAGUAUGUGAAGGUAUCAUUGACUGUAUGGUCGCUCAAGAGCAUGUAAAGAGUCGAGAGGAAGCCUAUUCAAAGAUUUUCGUCCUAGAUCAAUAUGGUCUUUUAGGUAACCCUACUUUACCCCCUAAUAAUAAUAGUAGUGUCAAGUUGCCAACGACAAGGCAAACAAAAUUAGAUGACUUACAAUAUUGUUAUGUUAAACAUCAUCUGAAAGAUCAAAUGUGUUUAGAGGAUGUCAUCAGACAGGUAAAGCCCACCGUUUUAUUGGGUUUGACUGGCACUCAAGGUGUCUUUACCGAAAAUGCCAUUCGUGAGAUGGCGAUACAUCAUGAAAGGCCCGUCAUUUUCCCUUUAAGUAAUCCCGAUACUCAUGCUGAAUGUACAGCAGAAGAAGCGUUCAAGUGGACUGAUGGUAGAGCUAUCUUUGCUUCUGGAAGUCCCUUUAAGGAUGUUCAAUUACCCAAUGGUAAAAUUUGUAGAACAAACCAAUGCAAUAAUUCAUAUAGCUUCCCUGGUAUCGGAUUAGGUAUUACAGUGUCAAGAGCAAAUCGAGUGACAAAUACUAUGUUUUUAGAAACUGCACGUACAAUCGCUAAUAUGGCUACAUUAGAACAGUUAAAAGAUGGCAUCCUCUUCCCAGGUGUAAGCCAACUGAGAGAGGUUGCUUUAAAUGUAGGUACAAAAGUUUGCGACGUUGCAUUUCAAGAGGGUGUAGCCACUGCAGUGCUAGAAGAAGGCGAAAUUCUCAGUGAUAUAGUUAGAAAUUCUGCUUAUCAACCAGAAUAUGUUCCACUUGUUUAUAGUUCUCGUCGCUGAAUAUCUUUAAUCAUAGUAUAUAUUUAUAUACAUGUAUAUGCUAAUCACAUUUUGUUUCGAUAAAAAAAAUAAAAAAAAAAAAUAAAAAAAAUAUAAUUAAAAUCGUU